ACGGAGAACGCAAAUGAAGACCGCUGGCGGUGAACAAGAAAGUUUAGAGCACUAUGCGGGCUGGGCAUCCCCUACGUUCUGUUUUUUUACUGGACCCUUCCCUGACUUUUGCUUCACCCCGCUUUGAUUUCGAGAAUGCGAAAGUGGUUGCGGGCAGAGACAGCAAUACACUUAUUUCCCCUUUUUCUAUCAGAGAAGAUUCUUGGGCGUACUUUCCCUGUAAGGCGAGCGUGCGUAUUUACAUUCAGUCCUUCAACGAUAUCUUCAAAUCCUGUGAGGCAAAAACUGGGAAGGAGUUAGAGGUCACCUACAAGUCAGCUCCCGAACUGCAAGCUGCUCUCACGAGCAACCCUCACAAUCUCGAAGCCUCCUACAUUCUUUCUAGUCCGUUAGAGGGAGAGCAGUGGGGAAGUCGGAGGAUGUCACUAACGGAGAGUUCCCUGAUUCCAAACCAGUCAAAGUCAUUGAUGUUCUCGUCCCACAAUCCGAUUCACGAGCACAGAGUCAUUUGUACUGUUUUAUGA